AGUUCAUUGAUAUUUUUAACGAUCUCAAUGGAGACAUGAAAUCUAAAAUGGCGGUUGUCCUGGAUGACAAUGAGGGCACAUGUUUUCCACUUCCUACCCAAGAAGACUUCACGCCUUUCUUAAUGAUGAGAAUGCCGACAGAACCAGUGUUCGGUAUUCAGACAAAGGCUUUCACCAUUACAAUAUCAGGAAUGGGAAUUUCAUGUAACAGGCACUCCAAUUCCCGGAUGCUUCAGGUAUCCUACAGAGCUAUCAAGGAACCGACCCAGUUCUGUAAUCUGACAGACAACAAGGCUGUACCUGACGCCUUUUCACGUUGUGUGUUUCGUUGUGACUGUCCAGACCCCGCCCACUGUAGAGACGUCAAUCUGUAUUUAGCCAGUGGUAAUGCUAAGGGGGCGUGGUCUCUCUGUGAAGUGAAGGCCACCAAUUCCUAAGUUACUUCAGAUCAGGAAUGGGAACUUUUAAAUGAGAAUAAGAAUAACAAGAUGAAAUUUAAUAGCAGUAAUUCUUUAGGUUUUUUAAUAUCUUAGCCAGAAAAGUGGUGAAAAUUAAACGAUGUUGAUGAAAAUCAAUUAGUGGAAAAUAAACA